CAUACAAACAACCCGAGCUCAACUUCUUCCGGGCUGGAGUUUUCAAAGACUGGCUACUUAUCAGCUACAUCUUAGCUCAGGGAAUUACGACCGUCUUCUCCAUAUUUGCGCCCGUCGCUAUAAGCAGCCCAUCAAUGUCGAGCGCGAAGAGGAGGAGAGCGACUUCACCCUCCAGUAGUGUGAGCGGAGGAGGGGAUCUCGACGACGUUUCCACCCCUGGAAGUGGUCGUAAAAGAAAAUGGGCUUCCAGUGUUCCCCCUGUAGACACGAUUGCUGUAUGCCACGAGCUGUACAACGCCGUCAGGGACUACAAGGAUGAUCACGGGAGAAACCUCAGCGAACUUUUUCUAAGGGUACCAAAGAGAAGAAACCUGCCUGAUUACUACGAGGUGGUGUCCCAGCCGAUAGACAUGACAAAAAUUGCACAUAAACUGAAGGCUGAAGAUUAUCAAGAAGUGGAGCAGCUCACCGCAGACUUCCAGCUCAUGUUCAACAAUACCAAAUCCUUUUACAAGAGGGACAGCGAGGAGUAUCAAGCUGCCAGCAAGCUGUGGGUCAUGUAUUUGCAGACGAGGAAUGACUUUUUGCAGAGCGGAGAUGGCGAAGACGAUGACGAGGAUGGGGAGGAGAUGAUGGAUAACCCAGGGGUGUCAACAGAAGAUGACGCGUCCUCCAGCAGUUUAAAGGAAGUGUUAGAGCAACUCCUAGCCGCGGUGGUUUUGUACACUGACCCAUCGGGUCAUGUGGUCAGUAAACUCUUUGAGAAGCUGCCUUCCAAAUUGCAUUACCCGGACUACUAUGCUGUGAUAAAGGAUCCCAUUGAUCUGAGAACAAUCGCUCAAAGAAUACAGAUGGGGUACUAUAAAAGUGUCAACGCCAUGGGUAAGGACAUCGACCUCAUGGCCAAAAAUGCUAAAACAUAUAAUGAACCCGGAUCUCAGGUUUUUAAGGAUGCAAACACCAUAAAGAAAGUGUUCAUCCAGAAGAAAACGGACCUGGAACACGCUGAACCCACUAAAUCGAGUCUUCGCAUCAGAAAUCGCAGAUCUGGUCAGGGAGAGCGACUUUCUGGCGUCAGCGUAGCUCUUCAGUAUGGCUCUGAGAGUGAGGAUGACCCUGUGCUCUCCGGCUCUGUGUGCUAUGACGAAGGCGAGUCGGAGGCUGAGAGUCAGAGUUCGAGCAUGGAGAUGAGCAACCCCAUCUUCCAGCUUUAUGAAGCCGUGCGAGGAGCGAGGAAUAGCCAGGGCCAGCUGUUUUCCGAACCCUUCCAGAAUCUGCCCUCCCGCAGGGAAUAUCCCGACUAUUACCAGCAGAUAAAACAGACCAUUUGUCUGCAACAAAUCAGGACAAAGAUGAAGAAUGGUGAAUAUGAAAAUGUGGAACAAAUGGAUGCCGACCUCACUUUGAUGUUUGAGAAUGCAAAGCGAUACAACAUGCCCAACUCGAGCAUUUAUAAACGGGCCCUCAGGCUUCAGCAGAUUUUGCAGGCAAAAAAGAAGGAGCUUCAGAGAAGAGACGAUGAGGAUGGUGACAGUUUGCUGUCAUCUGAUGCAGGCAGUACCAAGAGAAAAAGUCACAAGAAAAAUAUUAAAAAGAACCGAAUGAAAGCCCUGUACGCUGCGGUGACGGACGCCAGGGAAGUGGGCACCAGUCGCCGCCUUUGCGAUCUUUUUAUGGUGAAGCCAUCCAAGAAGGACUACCCCGACUACUACAAGGUUAUCCUGGAACCUAUGGACCUGAAGACCAUUGAGAACAACGUCCGCACCGAGCGCUACGCCACGGAGGACGCGCUGAUGGAUGACAUGAAGUUGAUGUUCCGCAAUGCCCGCCAUUAUAACGAGGAAGGGUCUCAGGUGUACAACGAUGCUGACAUCCUGGAGAAGAUACUUAAAGAUAAACGCAAGGAGUUGGGACAGCCACCGGAUGAAGAGGAUGUGAGCUCUCCCAAACUAAAACUGAGAAAGAGUGGCAUUUCUCCAAAGAAAACCAAAUACCUCACCCCACUACAGCAGAAGUUGAACGAGCUCUACGACGCCGUGCGCAACUUCACUGACCGCCGCGGCCGCCGCCUGAGCACCAUCUUCCUGCGUCUGCCGUCUCGCUCCGAGCUGCCCGACUACUAUGCUACCAUCAAACGACCCAUCGACAUGGAGCGCCUGCGCAGCCACAUGGCGGCGGGACGCUACCAGGACGUUGAGUCCCUUGCGGAGGACUUCACUGUCAUGUUCAACAAUGCUUGCAUGUACAAUGAGCCCGAAUCGCUCAUCUACCGGGAUGCUCUCGUCCUGCACCGGGUGCUCCUGGAGACACGCAAGCAGCAGGAGGGAGGGGAGGAUUCUGGACCGCCUGCUGUGGGAACUCUGGUGCGUGAAAUGAUUCGGAACCUGCUGGUGUCAGUUCUCGGCCACCAGGAUGAAGAGGGCCGAUGCUACAGUGACUCGCUGGCCGAAAUUCCCGCCAUGGAUCCAGACACCCCAGAGAAGCCUCCGCUAAACUUUGACAUAAUCAGAGGGAAUGUGGAGCGUGGCCGCUACAGGAGACUUGAUGUCUUCCAGGAGCAUGUGUUUGAAGUGCUGCAGAAGGCCAGGAGGCUGCACAGGACCGACUCUGAGGUAUUCGACGAUGCAGUGGAGCUGCAGCAGUUUUUCAUCAAGAUCCGGGAUGAGCUGUGCAAGAACGGAGAGAUUCUACAGACCACCGCACUCAACUACACCUUGAAACACUUGCACAACGACGUGGAGCAGGAGAAGAGGGAGAAAAUACCCAAAGAAAUUGAGGAGGAUAAAGACAAGGACGAGCCGAGCAAAAGUCUAAAGGAGAAGAACCUGCAAAGUGAAGUAUGGCGGCCCGAGUCGCAUACAGAUCUCACGUACCAGCAACAAUGUACCUUUGAAAGCGCCACAUACCAGGUGGGGGAGUAUGUCUAUGUGCAGCCAUCAGAGGCCAACUUGAAGCCUCACAUCGUCUUGGUUGAGCGUCUUUGGGAGGAUGACCAAGGUGAGAAGUGGCUCUAUGGCUGCUGGUUUUACAGGCCGAGAGAAACCUUCCACAUGGCCACUCGCAAGUUCCUGGAAAACGAGGCCUUCAAGAGUGACUACUACAACAGAGUGUCCUUUAGUAAAGUCUUGGGCAAAUGUGUCGUCAUGUUUGUGAAGGAUUACUUCAAACUCCAACCGGAGGGCUUCAAAGCCGAGGACGUGUAUGUUUGCGAAUCCCGAUACACCGCCCGGUGCAAGCUGUUCAAGAAGAUCAAGAUAUGGGCCGUGCCUCCAAGCCCCGUCAAAUAUGUCCCACGAGACGUGCCCCUGCCCGUCGUCCGCUUUGCGUCCGUGUUUGCUAAGCCAGACCUGGAGAAACUUGAGAAAAUCUCCUUUGUAGACAGCAGCAGUUUUGUGGACAAGGAGAGGGAGGAUGUCCCCAUGGAGGUGAGCGGUGCAGACCCGGGCUGGCAGUACUACGAACAGUUGCGCUACAACAACGUGUGGUUCAAAGUGGGGGACUGCGUUUACAUCCAGUCACAUGGCCUUUCCAAGCAUCGGAUUGCCAGGUUGGAGAAGCUUUGGGUGCAGAAUGGAACCACUUUCUUCUUUGGGCCCAUCUUCAUUCAUCCAGAGGAGACUGCGCAUGAGCCCACAAAGAUGUUUUACAAGAGAGAAGUGUUUCUGAGUCACCUGGAGGAGACGUUGCCCAUGACAUGCGUUAUAGGCAAAUGCAUGGUGUCCUCGUUCAAAGACUACCUGUCAUGCAGACCUACGGAGGUUGCAGAAGAGGAUAAUCUUCUUUGCGAGAGCCGCUACAUAGACUCUGAGAAACAGGUGAAAAAGUUCAAGGGGCUGAAGCGCUUCUCAUACUCCUCUAAAGUGGCGGAGGACGAGGUCUAUUAUUUCAGGAAAUUAAUAGUUCCACAGAAGGAAGCGUCUCCUUUUUUGAAUAAGAAGAUCGACGAGCUUGAGGUGAAACUAGCAGAUGUCGAGGAUGGAGAUGACGACAUGGAUGAGAUGGACGAUGAUGAUGAGGGCAUGGAAACGCCUUCGAUACCUCAGAUGCAGACCUCUCUCACCAGCGAUAUGGACGGCAUGCCUUACACACCUUCUCAGUCCACACCAAAGAUUAAAGGCUUGUCAAAGAAGGAAGGUGCCAAAAGGAAGAUCAACAUGAGCGGCUACAUCCUAUUCAGCAGUGAGAUGCGGGCAGUCAUCAAAGCUCGACACCCGGACUUUUCUUUCGGUGAACUGAGUCGUCUGGUGGGAACCGAAUGGAGGAACCUCGAAGCCGUCAAGAAAGCAGACUAUGAAGAACGGGCAGCCAAAAUCGUGGAGCAACAGGAACGGGAUAGGCCAGCCCUGAAGCAAGCGUCCCCGAGAUCAGGUACCCCCUUAGGGUCACUGAUGGGGGUCGUGCCUUCGCCUAGCACUUUGGGCAUGAUAAACCAGACCAUGACACCUAUGUCAGGCAUGAUGGGAGCUUACGGGCCACCUUACAUGCCCUUGCAGGGCCCGCAUGAGGGUUUGUUGAGUGUGGCCCCAAUGUCACCUUACCAAGCAGGGGGACCUCACCUACCUCCUCACCAUCUCCAACAAGGUGGUAUGCCUGGGUACCCGGGCAUGCUUCAUCAUGGCAUGAUGGGCGCUGCUGUGAACGGCAUGCAAGGAAGUCCUGCUCCAGGGGGCUUCAUGCAGCAGCCAGGGAUGUUCAGCCCAGGACAGCAUGCUCCCCCACCCUACCCAGGACAGGGCCAGACCCCGCCCAUGUUUGUCGCACCACCGCCGAAGACUCAGAGGGUGCUGCACUCGGAGGCCUACCUGAAGUAUAUUGAGGGCUUGAAUUCGGACUCCAGCACGGUCAGCAAGUGGGACCAGACACUGAAAGCUAAAAGGCGAGACGCUCACAUGACCAAAGAGCAAGAGAGCCGGCUGCCGACUCACUGGUUGAAGAGCAAAGGAGCCCACUCCACAAUGGCGGACGCGUUGUGGCGUCUGCGUGACCUGAUGCUGAGGGACUCUCUAAACAUUUGUCAAGCAUACAACGUGUGACGUGUAGGGCUCGCACCACUUCUAACCACACCUUAGGCUUAAACUUGGAAAGGAACUGUAGAUGCUAGAAGCAAUAUUUUAUAGCAAUCGCUAACCAAUUUUAUAUUUAUUAGUAAUUAUGAUGAGCUAAAUCGUUGUUUGUGCAUUUUCAUUUUUUUUUACUCUGCUGAUUAAUUUUGCUGCAAAACAAGUGUUUUGGCUUAUUGGUACUGUUAAAAUGAACUUAUAAAUACUAUUUAAUGAUGAGUACGGCAGUUGUUGCUGUGGCGAGUGGAACGCAAAUGUACAAUACUUCCUCAAAUGGAUGCCUUACCCCACUGGAAUAAAUGAACAUCACACCUCAAA